AUGUUUAUUGUUACCAGGUACAAAAUGAUUACUAGUUGUGCAGAAGACAGAAGUAUGUUCAAGAAGCUGGCCUUUCACUAUGUUAUCUUUGAUGAGGCACACAUGCUGAAAAAUAUGAGAAGUCAGAGGUACCAACACCUCAUAAGAAUCAAAGCUCAGCACAGACUUCUGUUAACAGGAACACCUCUACAAAACAACCUGAUUGAACUGAUGUCUUUACUUAUAUUUGUCAUGCCUGAUAUGUUUGAUGGGAAAAUUGAUCAAGUGAAACAAAUGUUCUCAGCUGCUUGUAAAACUGAAGAAAAUAGAAGCAAGUUUGAACAGGAGCGCAUUGAUCAUGCUAAGAGGAUGAUGAAGCCAUUUGUGUUACGGAGGUUAAAAUGUGAGGUUCUUCAGCAACUCCCUGCAAAACAUGAUAAAAUACAACAUUGCCCUUUGUCUGACGUUCAGAAAGAUCACUAUGACAAGCUUGUGGCAAGAUUAUCAAAAGAAGUACGGGAAGGAAACCAAAAUAAUAAAAACAAGUCUAGUUCUGGGAUGAUGAUGCAGCUGAGGAAAGCUGCAAACCAUCCUCUUCUACUUCGAAACCAUUAUACAGAUGAGAAGUUGCAGGAGAUGGCAAAAGCAAUAAUGAAGGAGCCAACUCACAAAGAAGCUGAUGAAGAUCACAUUGUUGAAGACCUGCAAGUUAUGUCAGAUUUUGAGCUUCAUUCUCUCUGUAAAUUAUACAAGACAUUGUUUUCAUUUAAACUAAGUCCUGAUGUUAUAUGUGACUCUGGAAAAUUCAAAGAGUUGGACUUAUAUUUCAGUCAGUGGCAAGAAAAUAGAAGCAGAGUUUUGCUGUUCAGUCAGUUCACAAUGAUGCUAGAUAUUGUGCAAGAAUACAUGGAAAUCAGGAACCAUCGAUACCUACGUUUGGAUGGCUCUACUCCAGUGGUUGAAAGACAAGAAUUAAUAGACCAGUUUAAUGAUGAUCCAGAUAUAUUUGUUUUUUUGUUGUCAACACGUGCUGGAGGCCUAGGAAUAAACUUGACUGCAGCAAAUGUAGUCCUUCUCCAUGACAUUGACUUUAAUCCUUACAAUGAUAAGCAAGCAGAAGACAGAUGUCAUAGAGUUGGACAAGAAAAAGAGGUAUAUGUGAUCAGAUUGAUUAGUAAAGGCACCAUUGAAGAAGGAAUUCUCAACUGUGCCCAAGAAAAACUAAAGCUGGAAAGAGACAUCACAGCAACAGAUGAAGCUACUGAGGAGGAAGAUAAUGGUAACCUAGCAGCACUGCUGAAGAAUGCCUUGGGGUUAUAGAUAAUAAAUACAGAUAUCUCUUUUGUGGUAGUAUUAUUGACUGGAGUGGCUUGUGUGUGUGUGCUUGUGGGACCAAAUGGCACAGCCACUUUGUCUCUUUCAUAUGGUUCACAUCUAAUGAUAUUGCAAUGGAAGAAAAAUAGAAUUUGUAUAUUAAUUGAAGAACUAGCUGUAUACAUUCCUUUACAAUAUAUAUGUCUCAUUAUGUAGGUUUGAUGCCAGAAAACUUUUUUUUAGAAUCAGUAGACUGGAAGUUACUUAAUGUGUUUGUGAUAAUUAAAGUAUUCAUACAUUUUG